AAAAAUGCGGUAGUGCAAUGAAGAGAACUGAAGCUGAAAAAUGUGCCAAGAAGAACGGAAGAUUCAACAGUAAGAGAUGUAAGUGUACAUCAGCUGGAAAACCAAGCAAAUCUGAGCCAAGAACUGAGCGUCCUACUACAUGCAUUGAAUCUAGUGAAAGCCAUGAGUCGACUCCAACUGAAGGACCUACAACUUGUGUCGAAUCUAGUGAAAGCCAUGAGUCAACUUUAACUGAAGGACCUACAACUUGUGUUGAUUCUAGUGAGAGUAAGGAGACUCCAGAACCAGCUAUUUGCGAUGGUGAAAUGAGAGUUAAAAAAUCUAAAAUGUGUGAUGAAAUAGGCGGCAAGUUUAAUCCUGAUAACUGUAAAUGCACUAAAGAACCUGUUACGGAGGGACCAACAACUUGUAUCGAAUCAAGCGAAAGCAAUGAGGAAGUUACCACAAAGAAACCAUGUGACUGUACUUGUUCACCAGAUUGCAAGCGUCGUAAGAUGAUCAUUGAUGUAUUGCUAAAAUACUUCUACCGUGAUGUCUACGACCAAGAUUGCUGCAAGAAGAACUGCAAUUGCGAUGGCGCCAAAUUCCCAGAAUGCGAUGAAUCAAACAGCAAAAAGACAGGAACUUUUGAUAUUUUGGCUAAGCUCUUCAAACCACAAGGUGGAGAUUUUGAAGCUGGCAGUGUUGAAGUUGAUGGCAAAAAAUUGACAUCCGAGAAAAAAGAGAAGUUUGGCAAAGCACUCCAAGAUGCCGUCAAGGGCUUGGAAGAUGUCUUAAACUCCUAAAUUACUACUAGAAACUAUUUUUAAAUUCCUCACUAUUUUAAGCUCUAAAUAGUCUACUUAAGCAAUCCGUAUCGUUAACCAGUGGUGAUUAGAUGAAUACUCGAUUGGACAUAAAUAACCUUCUACUUUCCUCUAUCUUCUACGCUAUCCUAUGUGGCAAUUUUAAUGCCUACUUUGUAUUAAAUUAGAAUCACUUUCGUCUAUCCUGCACUAAGUCUUUAUUUUGUUGUUUUCCAGGAAGCAUAAUUCAGUGUAAGAGAAUUUUGUCUUUUUAUACGAAAUAAAGCGUCUUUUAUCGCACUGC